AUGGGGGUGCUCAUCAACAAGCCCAAGUCGGUGACCAUGAGCAAGUGGGACGCGCGGCUCCUGUCUGUGGAGCAGGUCCAGUACGCCUGCAUCGACGCGUCCGUAUCUUACGAGAUUGGCCGGCUGCUGGUCAGCGGUCAGUGCGCCGAACGUGCGGCGACCGGUGCAAUGAUCUCACGGCUCAUUGCCUCCGUGGUUCCGGUGGCUUAA